AUGAGGUCUCUACAACGGCGAGUUAGCCACAACAGAGAUCACGAAGAGUCAAUAUGGUCGUCUGAUGCAGGAUGGCAAUACCUCGAGUCCAACCGAACUUAUCAACAGUCACUCCAUCGCAAGCUAAGCCGACGGCUCUCAUCUUCUGGGUCCUCUCUUGGUUUGAUUGCUGCAGUUCAAAGUGCCAGCAUCAGUCUUGCUAGCGGCAGUGCUAUCUCACGUUCGCGCCGACAAUAUGGUCGUUCACGGGCUGAGCAAAGCAGUCGAGCUUCUUUGUCUGUCCCCCGAUUCUCUGAGGACAGUAUCCCAUUAGAAAAGGGGAAUAUAGAUGUUGCCGAGAUGCACCGUUCACUACGGCGCCGACAAAUCUUAGAGGAGCUUAUAAGUACGGAGGAAGGCUAUAUCGGCGAUGUUCGCUUUCUCAUCCAUACUUACAUCAACAUGCUUGCCGCUCUUCCUACUUUGCCCGAGCGACUACGAUCGUCCAUCAACCACAACCUGGACCGUAUCCUACAACUACAUGAAGAAAUACUAGGCGAACUGCACAGAGUAGUUCCUGACUCCGAAUACAGCCAAGAUGAUCACGUCAUUGCGCCUUUCAAGAUAAUCAGCUCCAAAACUGGGCAUCAUCGGUGGGGCAGUUUGGAUGUACUUCCAGAAGAUCAGGUCAGCCUCCGGAGGCUCGAAAAGGAGCCUGGUAUGUUUUCCGAGCCACAGGUAGCAGAAGAAGUAGCGAAGAUUUUCAGCAAGAGGAUGCAUCAAUUCUUUGUAUAUAGGGAAUAUGGCGCAAAGUAUGAGAUAAUGAUCAAGGAUGCUACCUCAGCCCUUGAAAGUCUUCCCGAAUGGGAAACGCAUCAGAAAGGCCUUGAAGCGUUUGCUUUCACUAUUGGCACCUCACUGUCGUGCAAUGAUAGGAAGUCACUUACUAUAGGGGACCUUCUUGUCAAGCCCAUCCAAAGAGUUUGCAGAUACCCCCUUCUGUUCGCAGAGUUGUUGAAAUGUACUCCUGUCAUCGAUUGUCCGAAUUCUCACAUGGAAGUUGAAACUGCGUUGAUGAGGCUCCGUGAAGCUACAUCCGCAAUCAAUCGCUCGACUGAAGACAAAUCGAUGAAGGAGACGCUUGAGAAGACCUGGCUACUGCAAGAUCGUAUUGUUUUUCCCAACAGGAGACUAGAUGCGAACUCGAAAAAUCAGGUGCGCUCAUUCGGACACAUACAGUUGUGCGGGGUCCUACAUGUCUGUUGGCAGACACCAACAGGCGUUGAUGGUCAAUACAUGAUCUGCUUGCUCUACAAUGACGUUCUUUGUCUUGCAUGUGGUGGGAAGUAUGAUCCGAUCUACACCGUGUUGGCCUGUAUCGAUAUACAUAGCACAACUAUUGAGGAUGUCGAUAAUAGGCGUGGCUUGCAAUGUCACCUAGCGCCAUUCUCAUGGAAAUUGAUCUUUAAAAUUGAUCAUCAGCUGUAUGAAAUUGUCAUGACGGCUUGUACACACACAGAGGAAAGCGAAUGGCGAAGCCGGCUAUGCCAAGCCUCCAGCUCAGAUUCGAGUACAAGAGCUCCAGGUUUCAAUUCAUUUCUUUCAUUCGAUAUCAUGAGUUUGGGUGCUGUCUUUGGGCGUCCAGGGACGAUCGCACGAAGCUUGUCGACUCAUCGUACCUCAGCUAGAGAGUUUGAGUCGUCUACAGUUCAUUUCAUCCUCAAAAACACGUGUGCUAUAAGAUCUAGUAAUCCUGCCAGCGCAGGGACUGGACUUAAUCGUUCACAAUCUUUAUUGGCCACGAGGAAAGCGAGAACUCCAGUCUUGGUGCCAUCUCGGAGUGAGAGGGCUCGGCUUGAGAUACUUGUGGCAGACGUCUGGAGUCAUGGCGUUCUCCCACUUCCUGGAAUGACGAAUGUGGCCCGGAAUGAGCAAGCGAUCAGAAGGUCGGCAUCGACAGUAAUGAGGAAGCUGAGCGUGUCAAGCAUGGCUAGACGAUCAGGAAGUGUGAAGCGCAAGAUGAACGACGACCUAUCAAGCGAAGAACAAGUUCAACUCACCAGCAUCUCAAGCGACAGUGGUAACGACGUGUUUGAUAAGAAUGUCCGUGAAGGAAGCUCACGUUCUUACACGAUAAGAAGCUCUCUUUACCCAGAGACCCAAGAACUCAGAGAGAAGUGUCAUACUCCUGAUACUCAAUCUCCAAGACUCGAGCUUACACAAAUAUCCGAACUUGAACCUCUUGACCUGGUGGGGAUAAUGUCAAAGAAACAGCUCCAGGAUGAAUCAGGAGGAACUAAGGCUAGAGGGGUACCUACGAUUAACAAACUCCCCACACACUCGUCGCCAACGCAGAUGAAAGAGAACAGUCCUGCCAAGAAAGAAAGCUCUGCCUUUUGGGUGAGUAGGGGAGUCCAAACCAAUGAUACUCCAUGGGUAGGGACACAAAGUCCAGGCAAUGGGAAAAAGCAUAGCGGUAUUCGUAGGUUCUUCCACUAA